AUGCUGCGCUCUCGCCGUGCGCCGCUGCCGGCGUCGCGCCCGUCGCAGCGGCUCAUCUGGAGCCGCGCAUCGGACUUCGUGUCGUGGCUGGGACUGGGAGCCAACGCCGACAGCGCCGCCAAGCCGUCACCUUCGCCGUUGCAGCAGCCAGCUCAAGCCAAGCGCAAGCCCUCUCCUCCUCCUCCUCCGUCCAACCGCCAGGCCGCCAAGCGCGUGCUGAGGCCGCAGCCGCCCACGGACGCCUCCUUCCCGGCGUUCCAGCUAUCGGUGGACCAGAGCAAGCGCAAAGCCGCCGCCUACGCGCUCGGGCGCUUCUCGCAGAAGGUCAAGCACGCGCCCACGUCCAAGCAGCUGCUGGAGGCCUGGCAGGUCGUCGCGCAGUGCCGGCCGUUCGUUGUGGAGAGGGAAGGACCCUUCCGAGUGAGGCUGGCGACGGACGAGGACGCGGGCGACGACCGGCCCUGGCUCAUGCAGAUCGUGCCCGCCGACGUCUUCGCGCAGCUCACCACCGGCACGCGCGGCAUGUUCGUGGGCUCGACGGGGCAGGGGAUGGCGGCGAACGUGGUGGUCACCAACGAGGCAAUCAUGGUGGGCACUCUGAUCAAGGCCUUCUACAGGAUGAACGAGCACGAGCUGGCGGUGGCGUUCUUCGAGGCGUACGACCGAGACAGGAGAGUCUGGCUGCAGGAACAGCAGCUCCGAGAGGCUGCGAAGGCACCGGACAAUGUAUGCGAUGACGCUGAGAGCGACACUGAAGGUGAUGCAGCGACGAAGACGGAAACGAUCAAUGCGGUCACUCAGCUGCCGCGCGCCGUGUACUCGUGCUACCUCCGCUCACUGGCGGCGCUGCGGCAGUCGAAGAAAAUUGUGCGGCUCUUUGAAGAUGGCGGGCGCCAGCUAGAGAGGAUCUGCAGUACUGUGCCCAACCUCUAUUUGAUUCUUCACGCAUGUUUUAACGAAAAGAACGGCGAGUUGGCCCGGCGUGCGAUCGAAACGAUCACUGAGCACUCCCCUGCUGCCGUUGUUCCCUUGGGCUGCUAUGAGCUCGCAAUCCGCGCUAACCUGCGCGACAAGAAACGAGACGAACGCGAGCUGCUGACUGCGAUCCAUCUCGUCCGUCUGCUUCAAGACGACGCCGGAUUUAUCCUCAAGCCGGACUUGUGGAGUGCGCUGAUUAAGGUGAGCUUCAACAUGGGCCGCCCGGACUGCGCGCUUGAAGUAUUCAAGAGCUACCCCCGCCACCGCAUCCAGGAGUACCAAACCAAUUUCCGCCAAGCGUUGCGUGCAGCCUGUCGAGGAGCAGACUCAACUGCCCUGGACAUGAUGCACUUCUGCUGGGCCAGUUAUAACGACGAGUACUCGAACGCCAAGGUGCUGCUGGAUGAACGACAGGAGUAUAAGGUGGCGAUUUUCCUCAACCGCACAACCGCCGAUGCAAGCCUAGAUGACGGAGUGCUGGCAUCGACUACCCCCGCACUCUACAAGGAUGCCGAGACUGAGCUACUCAACAUGAUGUUGUGGGAAAUGCUCAAGCAUCGUCAUUCAGCUCCAUCGCUCACGCAGGUGCUAGACCUCAUGGAAGCCACGCACUCAAAGGGUGGGGCGGUGGCUUUGCGACUUGCUGUGCUAGCAUUAUUCGAGUACGACUUGAAACAAAAGAAGCUAUCCCCGCGUGUGGCCAUGGAGAACUCGCUGAAGUUUUGGGCCGAACGUUCGUCGGUACUGAGCGGGCAGGGCUUUCUGGUGCAUUUGCUGCUGGAAGAAUGCGUCGAGCAUCAGUGGGACCGAGAGUGCGAGUUCUUGGUGGAGUACGUGUUAGACCUUGGAUUAGCUCGCGUGCCUAUCAACAGCAUUGUGAAAAUGAUGGAAUCCAACGAAGUGCGCGGGGAGUUUGAAGUGAACGCACGCAUCGGCAAGAAACUCCUGGACAAGUUGUCGCCGAAGGACCGCUCGAGGCUCCGUGAGGAUUUCUAUGAACGCUACCUGAUGAGUUACCUCCGCCUCGAGCGAUUCGACGAGGUACGCGAACUGCACGCGCAGCUCAACCUCGAGAAGCGCUACCCGCACAACGAGGUGAUCCGCACGAUUGUUUACGAUGCAGCCUUGCAAUAG